AAUUUGUUUUGAUGGUGAACAACACGGGAUCCCAUCGGAAGACCUGCCGAUUUUAGACUGGUAUCAAGCGAUAUCGUUCUCCUAGCAGGAGGAGGACGCAAACGUCUCCCUGAUUCACCGGCGGCGUCCGUGGACCUACAGGAACUUCUGAAGUCUCAUCGCUGAUUCGGAUCAUCGCUCUCGUUCAUGUCACGGAUUCGCGGAUCCUAGUGAAGCCGGAUCUGGCUGCCAGUUCCAGGAGUCCGAGGAAAGUAUUUGAAGCUCUGAACAGUUUUUAGAAUCGUCGGGCACCCCAUUCAGAUCUUUUUCGGGACCUAUUCCGUACCUCGUACCGAAAUGCGCCGCAGUCAUUCGAGAUCGCCGCCGGGUCGAGACUAUCGGGACCGAGGACGUGACUAUCGCGAUAGAGACCGCGACAAGAGGAGACAUGAUCGCUCGGGUCGUGACGCCGACAGGAGGGAUUACCGGGACAGCCGAGACGACAGAAGAGACUUCAGAGAGGACAGGCGGGACCCGAGAGAAGACAAGAGGGACCGAGAUCGAGAUUUGAGAGACGACAGGAAAGAGCGUGACUUCCGAUCCGAAAAAGACGAGAGCAAGUAUGGCUCUCGGAGACGUAGUCGUUCCCCGAUGCCGCGUCGAGAGCGUCGUCGGAGUCCCGAUCAUAACGCAAGUGGGGGAGACGGUAGGCCUUCGGGCUCAGGCCAGACGCGGAACGCGGUCCCUGAUUUCCUCAUGGAGAGGAAGCCCAUACGCGAGGAAGAUCUCGUGGAUAAAGACGACGAGGAAAUCCAGAUGAUGAAGCUCAUGGGAUUCGGAGGCUUCGAGUCGACCAAGGGCAAGAAAGUGCCGGGCAACGAUGUCAGCGGAGUUCAUGUGAUCCAGAAGCGGAAGUAUCGUCAGUACAUGAACAGAAAAGGAGGUUUCAAUAGACCGCUCGACUUUGUUGCUUGAUUCAGUGAUAAUGCGCGCGCGGGAGAAAACUUCUUCCCGAAUCGGAACGACAGUAGUCGUGGAGACUGUGCGAGGAAAAAUAAAUCAAUUCCUAAGGGUUCUGUAA